CAUCUCGCAUCGAAGUCCUGGUGGGUACUAAUCCUGAGUUUUGCCCACAUGUCUCCCACGACUCCACGAGGUUCACCUGUAUUAUGGGGAAUGGCCUCCCUUGCAAUCUAUUGCUGCCUCGUCUUCAAAUUCGUGGACUGAGCGAUGUGGCAAUACGAGAUGUAGUUCGGAGCUUUCCGCUUUUCAUUCUACCGGAGGGAAGAAAUCAGAAUCUGGACUUAUAAAAUGCGGUGAUAUCUAUCCUCUGUCCAACUUGUCACUGUCUGCUACCUUCACUGCAGCCUUCAGCCACUCCUUAGCACCUUUCAUUUCUGUCAUUGGAUCUUAUUCACUCGUUCAAGUUUGAUUCAACCGCCAUGAUCUUGUCCACCCUCGUUCUUUCUCUCGGCGCCCUUGCGGCAGCCAAUCCGGUCCCUGUCAACUCUAACUUGUCCAAAAGAGCUAGCUGCACCUUUACUGACGCCGCAUCGGCCAUCAGCGGCAAGAAGAGCUGCAGCACCAUCACCCUGAAGGAUAUUACGGUCCCGGCUGGAACCACCUUGGACCUGACCAAGCUGAACGACGGCACAAAGGUCAUCUUCUCUGGGACCACCACGUUCGGCUACAAGGAGUGGGAGGGUCCCCUGAUUUCUGUUUCUGGAAACAACAUCCUUGUGGAGGGCGCCACAGGUCAUGUCAUUGACGGCAACGGAGCCAAGUGGUGGGAUGGCAAGGGCAGCAACGGUGGCAAGACGAAGCCUAAAUUCUUCUACGCCCAUAGCAUGAAGAACUCCAACAUCAAAGGUCUCCAUGUUAAGAACACGCCCGUUCAGGCCUUCAGCAUCAACGGUGCCACAAACCUCGGGGUCUACGACGUCAGUCUUGACAACUCGGCCGGCGACAGUGCCGGUGGCCACAACACGGAUGCAUUCGAUGUCGGAUCCUCCAACGGUGUCUACAUCUCUGGCGCCGUGGUGAAGAACCAGGACGACUGCCUGGCCAUCAACUCAGGCACCAACAUCACCUUUACCGGCGGCAAAUGCAGCGGCGGCCACGGCCUCUCGAUCGGCUCCGUCGGGGGCCGAUCCGACAACACGGUCAAAACAGUACGCAUCCUCAACUCGUCCAUCAGCAACUCGCAGAACGGUGUGCGCAUUAAGACGGUGUAUGGCGCGACGGGGUCUGUCUCGGACGUGAAGUACGAGGGUAUCACGCUGUCCGGCAUUACCAAGUACGGUGUGGUUAUCGAGCAGGACUAUGAGAAUGGCUCCCCCACGGGCACACCCACUGCGGGCGUUCCGAUUACGGAUCUGACGCUGAAUGGCGUUACGGGGAGUGUGAGUUCCGGUGCGACAGAGGUGUAUAUCCUCUGUGCUAAGGGGGCUUGCAAGAAUUGGACUUGGAAUAAGGUCAGUGUUACGGGCGGGAAGAAGUCGGCUAAGUGUGAGAAUGUGCCUAGUCCGGCAUCUUGCUAGGCGGUUUGGACCGGGAUAUCAACAACUUUCUCCAGUGUUGUUGGGGUUCAUGUUGGGAGACUCAGUUUAAGGGGGCUAGCGGUGUGCUGGACGCCCUGUCUCACAUCGCCCCUGGGGGGGCUGGUUUUAUUUAUCUUGCCGGGGGAACUGUUCGGCUGGUGCCGCCAGAAGCAUCGCUGUUCGUGUUCACAAACCUUCGAUUCGUUACUGCUAAGUAUCAUCUGAGAUGGACUAUAAUUUUCUGAUGGCUACUUAAUACCUUUCCUGCUCCUGUACCUUUUCGUCUUCUUGAACUUACAUUGGCCAAUAUCAAGGCUGCCGUGGUUUCCCGGAUAACCUCUGUUGUUAUUCAACAUCCGCCAUACUGAGAAUCUACAUGUACC